AUGCAGUGCCUCAGCGCCGUCUCGUCGACGGUCGUGUUCUUUCGCGUGGUCCUGUCGGCCUGCUCGCCGUACUUCCAGUCGCUGCUGUUGAACAACCCCUGCAAGCACCCGAUCAUCAUCCUGCCGCGGGAUGUGCGCUACUCGGACCUGCGGCACGUCAUCGAGUUCGUCUACAAGGGCGAGAUCGACGUGGCGCAGGAGCAGCUGGACAACCUGCUGCAGACGGCCGACCAGCUCCAGAUUAAAGGUCUGUGCGAGGUGAGCGCUGAGCGCGGCGAGUCGGCCGCCACCACGCCCACCUCGUGCCUGUCGGCCGACCGGCGCGAGAUCCGACCCUCACCACACAAGUUCCUGCGCUGGCCGGCAGGCGGCCCCAGCGGCGGCGGCCCGCUGCCGCGGCCCGUGCCCGAGGGCCGCCGCAAGGUCCACAUCGGCGGACAGAGGAAGCGGUCCGCCUCCCAGAGUGUGCCGUCGCCGCCGGACGGUCCGUCCCGAUGCCCGGUGGAGCCGGCCGCGGCGGCGCCGUCCGCCGAGGAGUUCCGGCCCGCCUCGCCGUCCAGCAAGCGCAGUCGACACGAGUCUCUCGGCUCGGCGGCGCCGCCGGCCGGCCACGGUGACAACGACAUCCAGGAGGCGCCGCUGGACCUGGCCAGCUCCAACCACUCGACGGACGCGCGUGACGAGCGCGUCACCGUCGAGCCCGUCAACCAAUCAAAACCGCUCAACGUCUCCGUCGAGUUCGAGCAGCUGCAUCAAAACCUGGCGCUGGCGCUGCCGGCGCCGCCGCAGGCGUACGAGGUGGCGCUGGCGGCCGCCGUGGCCGCCGCCACCUCCACCUCGUCCAUGUUCCAGCACACGCACAGUCCCGUGUCGGCCGCCUCCGACAGCGACCGCAAGCUCUGGAGCGAGGAGAACAUGGAGCUGGCGCUGGACGCGCUGCGCACGGCGCGCAUGUCCCUCUCCAAGGCGUCGUCCGUGUACGGCAUCCCGUCGACCACGCUGUGGCAGCGGGCGCACAAGGCCGGCAUCGGCACGCCCAAGAAGGAGGGCUCCAACAAGAACUGGACCGAGGAGGACCUGCAGCUGGCGCUCAACGACCUCAGGGCCGGCCGCAUCUCCGCCAACAAGGCCUCCAAGGAGUACGGCAUCCCCAACUCGACGCUGUACAAGAUCGCCAAGAAGGAGGGCAUCAAGCUGUCGGCCCCCUUCAGCAACGCGCAGACGUCGUGGACGCCGGCCGACCUGGAGAAGGCGCUGGACGCCAUCCGCGGGGGCAUGUCCGUUAUGAAGGCCGGCACCGAGUACGGCAUCCCGUCCGGCACGCUGUACGGACGCUGCCGGCGCGCCGGCAUCGAGCGCAAGACGGUGGGCCAGCCGUGGAGCGAGGACGACAUGCACGACGCGCUGGAGACUGUGCAGCGCGGCGAGAUGAGCAUCAACCAGGCGUCCAUGUACUACAACCUGCCGUACUCGUCGCUGUACGGCCGGAUCAAGCGCGGCGCGCUGGAGACGGAGGAGGAGGAGCCGCCUUGA